AUGUCUACCAAAAAAACCUUCGACCGCUUCGUCGAGUUCAUCAACUCCGGAGAUCGCACCCUCGGCGAACAAAUCAUUGACGAAUCCGCCGAAUUCCAUGUCCCGUUCGACAGCAAACCACUGAAAGGCCUCGAUGGAUACAUGCAGAUCUUGGGCAUGAUGCGAGGAGCCUUUCCCGACAUCCAGUGGACGGUGGAGGAGAUAGUCUGUGAAGGAAAUAAGGUGGUCGCAAGAUUCACAACGCGUGGGACACACAAUGGCCCUUUUCUUGGCACGCCUCCUUCUGGAAAGGCGAUUCAAAUGACGGCUAUGAAUCUGUACAAGAUUGUUAAUGGGAAAAUUGUGGAGGAAUACGGCUUGCCUGAUAUGUUUGGGUUGAUGGUGCAGAUCGGAGCAGUCAAGAUUCCCCUGCCAUGA